UCCAAAGGCACACGGAAGUACCUUCAUUCUGCACCCGGCUUUUCAUAGCAGGCAGCAUGCUGUGGGUCCUGUCAGCCCUGUUGGUGCUGUUUGGCUGCUUUGACGUGUGGUACUUCCUGAGGGGGGCAUGGGUCGUAAUAAAAUGUGCACUCCAGGAACCGGUCCGAGAUGUGCUGGCCGAGCAGGUCAUCCAUAGCCGAGUGCUUUCUCAGGACCUGGACUUCAUGGGCCACAUGAACAACGCACGUUACUUGAGAGAGUGUGAUAUGGGCAGGGUCGCCUUCUACACCCGCAACGGGAUCUUCAAGGCCUCUCGUGUGUUGAAGGCCACGAUGGUCAUUGGAGCCUCAACCAUCCGCUACCGGCGCUCGCUUGCGUUCGGGGAGGCCUUUGAGCUGCGUACCCGCAUCGUUGCCUGGGAUGAAAAGUCCUUCUACGUGGAGCAGAGAUUCGUCUCCAAAUCAGACGGCUUCAUCUCUGCAGUGAUGCUGUGCAGGCAAAACGUCCUUCGCAGCUCUCCAGACAAGAUUUUGGAGUUCCUCUGCAAGAGAAAGGUGGAAUGCCCUGAUAUCCCAGAGGACCUUCAACAGUGGAUCAAGUUCAUCUCAGCUAGCAGUCAGGCACUGAGAGCAGAGAGUGGAUUGGAGGACAAGACCAAGUGAUUUCAGAUAGGGACCAUAUAUUCUUUAUCAAGCACAUGUCCCCUAGUUCUUAUUUAUGUGAUGUGAGUUACCUUAAAAGGAACAUAUAAUCUUGAAAAAAGCCAUUUCUAGUUCUGAAUGUGUACACCCAAGCUUAAAAUGUGGAGUCGUCCAUUCGCCCAUGCAUAUCUAAAAACCUGUUCCUGGUAUUUGUAGAGUGCGUAUUAUAACUUUAAGUAGAAAAAUGGUACCUUAAAGCACUUUGAGGUCUUUGCAUUCAACUUGAUUUCCGUUACUCCUACAACCACAUUUUCAAAUAAAUUGGAACACUGUGCAAAAUGUAGAUAAAAGUAGAAUGUAAUGCUAGGAAAAUAGUACAAAGAUGACAUGUCAAAUUAUAAAAAAUACAUCCCUUUUAAAUUUGAUGCCAGCAACACAUUUCAAAAAAGUUGAGAUAAGGCAAAAAGGCUAGUAAAGUUGUGUAAUGCUAAAAUAAAACCUGGUGAUUAAUUGGCAACAGGUCAAUAACAUGAUUGGGUAUAAAACAAGCAUCUCUGAGAGUCUUUCAGAAGUAAAGAUGGGAAGGGGUUCACAAGUCUAUGAAAGACUGCACAGGUUAAUAGUGCCACAAUUCAAAAAUAACGUUUGUCAAUAUAAAAUAGCAAAGAAGUUGGGCCUGUGAUCUUAAGGCUCUCAGGCAGCACUGCAUGAGCUCAGGAACACUUCUGAAAACCAUUGCCUAUGAGCACAGUUCAUCGCUGCAUCCACAAAUGCAAGGUAAAAACUAUACUACACAAAGAAAAAACCAUAUAUAAACAGGAUCCAGAAACGCUGCUGCCUUCUCUGGGCCUGAGCUCAGUUGAGAUAAACUGAGGCGAGAUAAAAAAAGUGUCCUGAGGUCUGAUAAAUCAACAUUUUAUUGUUAUCAGUGCACACAGAUGAAAAGCUUGCAUCCAUGGAGUUGUGGGGGUGCAUUAGUGCACAUGACACUUGUGAAGGCACCAUUAAUGCUGAAAGAUAUAUAUAGGUUUUGGCAAAAUAUGCUGACAUCCAGAUGACGUCUUUUUCGGGAAAGCCCUUUCUUAUUUAAGAAAGACAAUGUCAAAUCACAUUCUACAUGUAUUACAACAGCAUGCCUCUGUAUUAAAAGAGUCCAAGUGCUAAAUUGUUAUCCAUUGAAAACAGUUGGUGCUUUACGAAAUGAAAAGUAUGAUAAAGGAGAUCCUAUAUCCUAUAUUGAGCAAGAAUGGGAAAACAUUUCACUUUCAAAACUAAGAAAAAAAAGAGGUGAUGCAGCACAGUGAUAAACAUGCCCCCCUCCGAACUUCAAGUUCAAAAUGGCCAUUUGGUUUUUAAAAACAUCUCUCAGUCUGAACACUUGGUAUGUAGUUUUUGUACUAUUUUAAUUAUUUUUUAAAUAAGGUUUACACGAUUUGCAUAUCAUUCUGUUUUCACUUAUAUUUUGCACAGCGUCCCAACUUUUUUGGAAACAGGGUUGUACUAUAGUUGAUGCUGACUGGACACGGAGAAUGUCUUUUGUUGAAAAGGGAACAUUUGAUUGCAUGUACUGGGUCCUUAGAGAUGCUAGUAUAUCUGACCAAAUACAUAAAUGAAUAAAUAUAUCUGAUCAAGUAAAUUAUAACCAAACAUCUUUAUCCUGAACUUGAAAAUAGCUUUACUUCAAAUGUGCAAUAACUACUGAUGGUAUUUUUGCAGAUUUAAAAGUAUAAUUCUGGUGAAGUGAAAAUGAUUCUAGUGACUGUUAUAAUAUCAACAGUUACCUAUUUAUUGACUGUUUCUCCAGGUCUGUAUUAUUCUGAAGUACUGUCUGUGGAUUUGAAUCUUCCUAAAGGAUUGUUUAUUAUUUAUAUGAAGAAUGUGUUUGUUUAUUUUAUUUAAAGUACUUGAGAAGAUGCACUGAAAUGCAGUUUGUGCACAACAAGCAUUUGCAUGUUUUUAUUUAACAGGCAUUAUUUGAAAUGAAAUCAAGCAAAGUGAAAAAGAUCUGCAUUUUAAAAUAAAGUCAUUUUAAUAACGA